AUGAACUCUAAGCCCAGGCUGACAGAGCAGACCGGUACACAUGAGACACACAAAUGAAAGGCUGUCAUUGUCUCCCUGUUUGCCUGGAUGCCUUCACACAAUAAGCACUUCAAGGCGAAAGGCAGUGCAGAAAGUCAUAAUCAUAGUCUCAAAGAUACUCCAAGAUUGAGUGUAACUAUAAACCUUGAAACCAAUGAUCAUAGAAAGUCAAGCGGUGAUGAUGAUGACCGUUCUACCUCUCUCUAUCUUUCUUUCCUCCUACCUUCAUUCCUCGUUCCUUCCUUGCUCAUAGGGGCUGGUGGGGGAGAAGUAUGGCAGUAUCCGCGUGCCAGGGGAAGUGGAGGCUCCAGAGUUUGAGAUGAUCCUGGAUGCGGCGUUGGAGGCGGGGCUGGACACACACGUCCUGGAGGAGUGGUACUGCCGAGAUGAGAAUGCCGUGCCACCAGCCUACUACCUCAAACCCAAAGCCCAGAUGUUGAAGAACUACCAGAACUCAGUAAGAUUUGAACCCUUCUGCCUCAAACCCUGCCACUCCAAACCAUACUACUUUAAACCCAAAGCCCGAACUACAAACCUCAGUAAAAUGAACCCUGAACCCUUCGGCCUUAAACCAAUAGAACAUUAUGCCAAGACCCUAACCCAGUUGUUCUGGAAUGGUAGUUGAGUGGGCCGUGGCCAGUUUCACUUGGAUCAUGGCAAAGACUAACUGAGUAGGUCUCGGUUAGACUUACCCAAGAUACUGAAACAUCAUUACGGACAGCCAAAACUUUGUUCAGUAUCACAUUCACAUUUGAAGAGCGAGCUUUUCUGCUGUGUUUUUGUCUAAGCCAACUGUUAUGCUUGAACAAAUGUCCUUGGGUUAACAUUCACAAAAAGUUUUUUUAAAGCGCCAGUAAAACUAGCUAAUAGAAGUCAUUUGUCAACAAUUCUCAACCCUUCUUUUAUACAAAACGUUUAAACUUCAACUUUCUGCCCUCAUUAGAAUGUGUUGGCCUAGUGGAAGGUUUAUGAGAGCUAUAAAGAUUUUCCCUAUAUUUUCUUAAAAUAAUUAAAAGCUUGGUAAUCUUACUGUGAGUUGGGACUAGCAGUAAACAUAUCUGCAGAUAUCUACCUAUCCAUUUAACUAUAGUGCUAGGCCAGUUAGUUUUAAGGUAAACAUAUUACAUAUACUGUAGUCGCUAGCUAAAUGUUUGUGUAUACCUGUGUAACAGUCACCAUGUAAGUACAGCUGUUUUGUCUAACUAAACGUUAGCGCCUGUGUCACUGUGUGCUAGGUUAGCAUGCUGUGAAAGCUAGCUAAACAUUAGCGCUUUUGUCACUCAAUGCGGCUCUUCCUCUUGGUUGGAGGUAGGAGGGAAAUGAGAAAAACAGCAGGGUUUGCAUCCUGGAAACUUAUCUCAUGAAUCUCAUUGACUUCCUCUCUCCAGGGAUGUCUACUGCAGCUCUAGGGUAUUGGACACAAAAACAAACACAAUAGGAUCAGCAGGUAUAGAUUGUGUUUCUUCUAUACUGUGACUCUGUGGUCCAGUUCAGCUUGUGGAGAUAAUGCACUAUAUUGCAUCGGUUUGCCGUGGGCCAAAACAACUCCAACAGUUUCUACUAUAUACCAACUCAACUUUCUUCCUUUUGCCAACUUCUAUAGGUCUCUGGCUUUGUUAGUUUAUCAAUUGAGCUAGCUACGUACUCUCUAAUCUACUAUAUACACUACAUGACCAAAAGUAUGUGGACACUUGCUCGUCAAACAUUCCAAAAUCAUGGGCAUUAAUAUGGAGUUGGUCCCCCCUUUGCUGCCAUAACUGCCUCCACUGUUCUGGGAAGGCAUUCCACAAGCUGUUGGAACAUUGCUGCAGGGACUUGCUUCUAUUCAGCCACAAGAGGAUUAGUGAGGUCGGGCACGGAUGUUGGGCGAUUAGGCCUGGCUCGCAGUUGGCUUUCCAAUUCAUCCCAAAGGUGUUCGAUGGAGUUGAGGUCAGUGCUUUGUGCAGGCCAGUCAAGUUCUUCCACACCGAUCUCGACAAACCAAUUCUGUAUGGACCUCACUUUGUGCACGGUGGCAUUGUCAUUCGGAAACAGGAAAGGGCCUUCCCCAAACUAUUGCCACAAGGUUGGAAGCACAGAAUCCUCUAAAAUGUCAUUGUAUACUGUAGUGUUAAAAUGUCCCUUCACUGGAACUAAGGGGCCUAGCCCGAACCAUGAAAAACUGCCCCAGACCAUUAUUACUCCACCAAACUUUCAGUUGGUGUCACGUCUCCUCCCCCUCCGGCGCUCUGAUUCGCCGGUUUACUGAGCCACCGGUCUGAGCGCACCACCUCGGCAACACCGGAAUGGAAACCGAACGGACCCUAAUCACUUCCAGCGCACCUGCACCUCAUCAUCACCCCUAUUUAGUUCUGGAUGAUGUUGUGUGUGAUUGUUUAGCUUCGUGUCGUUUACUGUAUCUUUGUUAUUUCUCUUGCUCAUUGUUAAGUAAACCUUGACCCUGUUAAUUCCUGCGUCUGCCUCUUCGCGUCACAGAAUCACACACCAAACGAAAAUGGAUGCAGCAGGAUUUACCCAGUGCCUCGACCAGCACCAGCAGCAGCUUGCCCAGUUGAACGCUGCCAUGCAGGAAGUGCUCCAAACGUUGCAUAAUCUGCCCAGCACUCCGGUUCCACCUCAGGGAGAGGCGAGUGCCCCCAAUCCACUUGUUCCCGUGCUAUCACCCACACCUGCGGGAACCCUCGCCUUACCGGAGCGCUAUGACGUUAAAACUACUAAAUGUAGCGGCUUCCUGCUACAGGUUUCCCUUUAUCUGGUGUGUCAGCCUGGGGCAUAUCCAUCUGACCAAGCCAGGAUAGUGCUGGUUAUUUCGCUUCUUAAAGGAAAGGCACUGGAUUGGGCCACGGCAGUCUGUGAAGGAGAGGAGGCAGUGGCGCUUCCCUACCCCACCUUCCUCGCUAGGUUCAGGGCGGUGUUUGAUCAUCCCACGGAGGGGAAGGACGGGGGUGAGCGUCUCCUCCAUCUACAACAGAGAGAGGGGCCUGUGUCCGAGUACGCUCUAAGCUUUCGCACGGUGGCGGCGUCUUACGGCUGGAAUGAGCGUGCUCUGCGCACAGUCUUCAGGAGAGGCUUACGGGAGGACAUCAAGACGGAACUCGCAUGUCGGGACGACGAGAUGGACCUUGAUACCCUCAUCACCACGUCCAUCUGUCUUGACGACAUGUUGAGAGAGAGACGGCGUUCCCAACACCUCCCGGCGCAUAGACGCUCUCCCCAUCUGAGCUAUGGAAGCCGCCCUGCUUCCGAGUCCUCACCCAUGGUGGUGGGCAGCACCCCCUACACCACCACCGACCACAGAUCUCCUGGCGGCUCCCUAUCUAGGCGGUAUGACUCCCGUCGCCGCUCCGUGAGUGUUACGUCAGCUCCUGUCACAAAACCAUUGUUUUUAGUUCCCAUAACAGUGACUGGUUAUUCCUUCUCUUCCAUUUCUACCGCAAUGAUAGUACGCAUAUCUUUCCGAUGUCUUCUCUUCAUUAAUGGCUACGUGUCUCCCUCCUCACAGGCCCUGGGACUCUGCCAUUGACCUGCUGGAGGGACAACACCCCCCGAAGAGUCGCAUUUACCCCCUUUCCAUGGCGGAGACUGAGGCCAUUGAGAAGUAUGUGGCGGAGACCCUGAAACAGGGGUGGCCAAAAAAGACGGAGGACUGAGACCAUGCAUUGACUACAGGGGGCUGAGCGCAAUCACCACCAAGUACCGGUACCCCCUCCCUCUGGUUCCGUUGGCCAUCAAGCAGCUACGAGGGGCCCGGUACUUUACCAAGUUGGACCUGAGGAGUGCCUACAACCUGAUCCGAAUCCGGGAAGGAGACGAGUGGAAGACGGCAUUCAGCACUACCUCAGGCCACUAUGAAUACUGCGUCAUGCCCUACGGCCUCGCCAACGCACCUUCUGUGUUCCAGUCCUUUGUCAAUGACGUGUUCCGGGACUUGCUGAGUAGACAGGUGGUGGUGUACAUUGACGAUAUCCUGAUCUACUCGGCUACGUUCGAGGAGCACAUCAGGGACGUCCGAAUAGUUAUUGUGCUGACGUUGCUUCAAGAGGCAGUUUGAAACUCGGUAGUGAGUGUUGCAACCGAGGACAGAGGAUGUCUACGCGCUUCAGCACAUGGCGGUCCCAUUCUUUGAGCUUCACAAUAACAGCACUUACAGUUAACCGGGGCAGCUCUAGCAGGGCAGAAAUUUGACGAACUGGCUUGUUGGAAAGGUGGCAUCCUAUGACGGUGCCAUGUUGAAAGUCACUGAGCUCUUCAGUGAGGCCAUUUUAAUGCCAAUGUUUGUGCUCAAUUUUACACACCUGUCAAACAGGUGUGGCUGAAAUAGUGUGAUCCACUAAUUUGUUUACAUAUACUUUUGUAUAGAUAGUUCUGCUUUUUUGAACAUACACUGUGUGCCAAUUUCAAUAUUAAAAACUCCCUUUAUCUCCCUCUCUUCUACAGAUGGAGUCGAGCAGUGCAGCCAAGUUGAAGAACGACAAGGCGUGGAGGAACGUGUCUGAGGAGAUCAAGAGGAUCUUCCGUAGGUCUGUCCUGCAGCUCCAGGAGAAGGGCACCAUGAAGCCCCCUCAAGCCAAGAAAUUCCUCUGCUCUGGUAUGUAGGCUACUCCUGUGUUCUCUUCUUCUUCUUCCUCUUCUUCUGUGUUUAUUUGCUGUUCUUCUUCUACGUCUGUUUUCUUCUUAGUUUUUUCCUUCUUCUUCUUCUACUAGAGUGUUUUACCAUGAAAGUCAGUAUAGUACUUUGUGUUAUUUAGUGCUGUGGUGUUCUCUUGUUUACAUCAUUAUGUUAAUUGAGCUAUACUGUACAACCAAGAUAUGUUUGUGGGUCCAUUAAUUGUGCCGAGAACAUUUAACUGGGGGAGUAGUUCUCAGGCUUUAGUUAAAACAUUUAAGAAAUUAUUAUGAUUAUUUUAUGGUAGCAAUCAGUUUUCCUCAUGAGCCAAUGCAAAUAUACCAUCAGAGAGUCUUCGGUUUAAAGAAAAAUACAGAUAAGCCUUCUCAUAAAGCCCAGAUAUAACCCUAAACAGAUGUAAUUGAAUAUUCAUUGUCACCCUCUGUGUUUACCAUUUUAAAGUAUGUAUGCUGUAGUAUGUAUGCUGUACCAAGUUAGCUAGCUGAAUAAACUAAGUUAGAGUCUAUUCCUUGAAAACAUUGAACCGCUGUAGUUUACAACAAUUAUAAAAAGUGGAAGUUGGGAGAGUUAUAUUUGAGUGUUUCAGUGAAACGUAAGUGAGGGAGGCCCCGCUCUCUCGCUUUCCCAGAUGUUUAGUUCAUUUCAUUUCGAUCUCCUUUGCAUUAUUGUAGCCUUUUUCUGUAGCCUGUCAACUAUGUGUCUGUCUAUCCCUGUUCUCUCCUCUCUGCACAGGCCAUACAAAUGCUUCACACCGUGUGGCUGCUGCCACUCUAAUCUGGUGGUCCCUGCGUGCACGACCCACGUGGAAUUCCAGGUCUCCGGCAGCCUCUGGAACUGCCGUUCUGCGGCCAACAAGGCAGAGUUGAUCUCAGCCUAUGCUACCCUCCAGUCCCUCGACUUCUUGGCGCUGACGGAAACAUGGAUUACCACAAAAAACACUGCUACUCCUACAGCUCUUUCCUCGUCUGACCAUGUGUUCUCGCAUACCCCGACAGCAUCUGGUCAGCGUGGCGGUGGCACAGGAAUCCUCAUCUCUCCCAAGUGGACAUUCUCUCUUUUUCCCCUGACCCAUCUGUCUAUCUCUUCAUUUGAAUUCCAUGCUGUCACAGUCACUAGCCCAUUCAAGCUUAACAUCCUUGUCAUUAAUCGCCCUCCAGGUUCCCUUGGAGAGUUCAUCAAUGUGCUUGAUGCCUUGAUAAGUUCCUUUCCUGAGGAUGGCUCACCCCUCACUGUUCUGGGUGACUUUAACCUCCCUACGUCUGCCUUUGACUCAUUUCUCUCUGCCUCCUUCUUUCCACUCCUUUCCUCUUUUGACCUCACCCUCUCACCGUCCCCCCCUACUCACAAGGCAGGCAAUACGCUUGACCUCAUCUUUACUAGAUGCUGUUCUUCUACUAAUCUCACUGCAACUCCCCUCCAAGUCUCCAACCACUACUUUGUAUACUUUUCUCUCUCGCUCUCCUCCAACACUACUCACUCUGCCCCUACUCAGAUGGUAAUGUGCUGUCGCAACCUUCGCUCUCUCUCUCUCCCGCUACUCUCUCCUCUUCCAUCCUAUCAUCUCUUCCCUCUGCUAAAUCCUUCUCCCUCCGAUCUCCUGAUUCUGCCUCCUCAACCCUCCUCUCCUCCCUUUCUGCAUCUUUUGACUCUAUGUCCCCUAUCCUCCCAGCCGGCUCGGUCCUCCACUCUUGCUCCAUGGCUUGACGACUCAUUGCGAGCUCACAGAAGAGGGCUCCAGGCAGCCGAGCGGAAAUGGAGGGAAACUAGACUCCCUGCGGACCUGUCAUCUUUUCACUCCCUCCUCUCUACAUUCUCUUCCUCUGUUUCCACUGCUAAAGCCACUUUCUACCACUCUAAAUUUCAAGCCUCUUCCUCUAACCCUAGGAAGCUCUUUGCCACCUUCUCCUCCCUGCUGAAUCCUCCUCCUCCUCCCCCUCCCUUCUCCCUCUCUGUGGAUGACUUCGUCAACCAUUUUGAAAAGAAGGUUGACGACAUCCAAUCCUCAUUUAUUAAGUCAAAUGACACCGCUGGUCCUGCUCACACUGCCCUACCCUAUGCUUUGACUUCUUUCUCCCCUCUCUCUAGAUGAAAUCUUGCGACUUGUGAUGGCCCAACAACCUGCCACAUUGACCCUAUCCCCUCCUCUCUUCUCCAGACCAUUUCAGGAGACCUUCUCCCUUACCUCACCUCGCUCAUCAACUCUGACCACUGGCCAUGUCUUCCAUCUUCAAGAGAGCGAGAGUUGCACCCCUCCUCAAAAAACCUACACUCGAUCCCUCCGAUGUCAACAACUACAGACCAGUAUCCCUUUCUUUUCUCUCCAAAACUCUUGAGCGUGCCGUCUCUAGCCAACUCUCCUGCUAUCUCUCUCAGAAUGACCUUCUUGAUGCAAACCAGUCAGGUUUCAAGACUGGUCAUUCAACUGAGACUGCUCUUCUCUGUGUCUCGGAGGCUGUCCGCACUGCUAAAGCUAACUCUCUCUCCUCUGUUCUUAUUCUUCUAGACAGAUCCGCUGCCUUUGAUACUGUGAACCAUUAGAUCCUCCUCUCCACCCUCUCCGAGUUGGGCAUCUCCGGCGCUGCUCACUCUUGGAUUGCGUCCUACCUGACAGGUCGCUCCUACCAGGUGUCGUGGCGAGAAUCUGUCUCCGCUCCACGUGCUCUCACCACUGGUGUCCCCCAGGGCUCAGUUCUAGCCCCUCUCCUAUUCUCUCUAUACACCAAGUCACUUGGCUCUGUCAUAUCCUCACAUGGUCUCUCCUAUCAUUGCUACGCAGACAACACACAAUUAAUUCUCUCCUUUCCCCUUCUGAUAACCAGGUGGCGAAUCGCAUCUCUGCAUGUCUGGCAGACAUAUCAGUGUGGAUGUCGGAUCACCACCUCAAGCUGAACCUUGGCAAGACGGAGCUGCUCUUCCUCCCGCGGAAGGACUGCCCGCUCCAUGAUCUCGCCAUCACGGUUGACAACUCCAUUGUGUCCUCCUCCCAGAGUGCAAAGAACCUUGGCGUGACCCUGGACAACACCCUGUCGUUCUCCGCUAACAUCAAAGCGGUGACCCGAUCCUGCAGGUUCAUGCUCUACAACAUUCGCAGAGUACGACCCUACCUUACACAGAAAGUGGCACAGGUCCUAAUCCAGACACUUGUCAUCUCCCGUCUGGAUUACUGCAACUCGCUGUUGGCUGGGCUCCCUGCCUGUGCCAUUAAACCCCUACAACUUAUCCAGAACGCUGCAGCCCGUCUGAUGUUCAACCUUCCCAAGUUCUCUCAUGUCUCCCCGCACCUCCGCACACUCCACUGGCUUCCAGUUGAGGCUCGCAUCUACUACAAGACCAUGGUGCUUGCCUACGGAGCUGUGAGGGGAACGGCACCUCCUUACCUUCAGGCUCUGACCAAACGAGGGCAUUACGUUCAUCCACCUCUGGCCUGCUAGCUCCCCUACCUCUACGGAAGCACAGUUCCAGCUCAGCUCAGUCAAAACUAUUCGCUGCUCUGGCACCCCAAUGGUGGAACAAGCUCCCCCACGACGCCAGGACAGCGGAGUCACUGACCACCUUCCGGAGACACUUGAAACCCUACUUCUUUGAGGAAUACCUGGAAUAGUAUAAAAGUAAUCCUUCUUCCUCCACCCCCCAUUAAAAAAAAAAAAAAAAAAAAAAAAGUGGUUGUCCCACUGGCUAUCAUAAGUUGAAUGCACCAAUUUGUAAGUCGCUCUGGAUAAGAGCGUCUGCUAAAUGAUGUAAAUGUAAAUGUAUGCCCUAGAGUUCUCAAAAUUGGGUCUAAUUAGACUAAAGGUCACUCUAUUUGGGAUAAUCUAAUAAACACUGAUCCAAUUGGGCACGAUCAUCCAUUUUGAGGGUGAGAGAAAAAUAAGUAUAUUCCCGUUAUCUGCAAGGCAUUUCUCUAGCAUCUCUCUGUAGCCUUUUUUUGGCUGUUGUACCGUGCAAUGUUUGUUGUGUUUUGUGGGACAUUGGCAUCAUGGGUGCCGGCUGGGUUUCUUUGUAGGCCAGGCAUUUGUACCUAGAGAGAAAGCAGCAACACUGCUAGCGGCAGCCUACUUUUUAAUGAAUAUAUGGGGAAUUUCGAGGUUGUUUUCUAUGUUCCCCUGCUGAGCCAUAUACGCUGUGGACAUUACAAAUUCACACAAAGUAAUUUAACUUAAUUACCAUGCAGAUUUCUAUGUUUGAUUCAUUCAAAGGCAUAGCCAAGGCCUUUGUGUAGCCUAAGGAAAAAAUACAUUCAGUAUGCCAGUUAUUGACUAUACCGAGCUUCAAACAGUGUUUUCAUACGCUCGCUUCUCUCCCCCUCCAGCCGCUCUCCCCUUCUUUUCUCUCUGUUGCUUCUAUAGCACGCUGCAGUGUGAGCGAUACCACACAGGAGAUGCUGGCAAAGUUUCAGUACACUCUUAGAAAAAAGGGUUCCAAAACAGUUAUUCAGCUGUCCCCAUAGGUUAACAAUAUUUGGUUCUAGGUAGAACCCUUUUGGGGUUCAUGUAGAACUCUGUGGAAAGGGUUGUAUAUGGAACCCAAAAGGGUUCUAUUUGGAACCAAAAGUGUUCUACCUGGAACCAAAAGGGUUCUUCGAAGGGUUCUCCUGUGGGGACAGCCAAAGAACCCUUUAAGGUUCUAGAUAACACCUUUUUUUCUAAGAGUGUAGAGCUGGCUCUUUGGGGGUCUUUGAUAAGGCUGCAAUGCUGGAUUAUGUGAUUGUAUCAACCAUGUUUCUCCUUAAACAAGGCUUAGGGGAAACAUCUCUCCUUAAACAAGGCUUAGGGGAAACAUAUCUAAUCGCAGACUAAAGACAGGCUAAAAAAAGACUGCCAGAAUCUGUGCAGCUUUACUUUAGACUCCCAAAUCUCAAAAUGUGUCUGUUUUGAAGACAAUCGUUGGAGCACACAACAGCAUCCAGUGCUCGCAUUUUCAAACUACUUAGAAAAUGGGUAGGCCUGUUAGUGGCCUGGCUACUUCAGGGACACAUUUUCAAGUAACUUUGAACAAUAUUAGGACUCCAAAUCAUCCGUGGGUUUUAUAUAAUAGCAUUGGAUGCACAAGGUUAGCCUAACUCCUCAGAAACAUUAUAUAGCAAUUUUUCUUUAUGGUCAAAACUUUCUAACUUUGAAUUGAUUGACUGUAUGUUUGUUUUUUUCCUAUUUUCCAGCCUUGGAGGAUGAACUGGACUUUGCAUUGGGCAAACAAACGCCAGCCUUCCUCAAGAAGUGUGUCUGCUACAUCCGCAAGAUCUCCAACUUUGACCGACAUGCGAAGCUCCCGGAGAUGGCCAAGUACAUGGACAUCAUCGUCGCUGAGGACCGCGUCAUGCGUAACCAGGAAGCCUACGAACGUCUCUUAAAGGUGCGGGAUGAGUUUAUCCCAACAGUGGUGGCCUCGUCGAACCUCCGCGUCUACUCUUCUGUGACGCAUUGCGACAUGAAGCUAGGCUACUCCCAGGAGGUGGAGAGCCACUACGUCGAAGGCUUGUGUAAACAGUUCUACGAGGAUAUGGUGGACAUCAUCCAGGCCACAGUCCAGCAGAACUUUGACACAGAGACGGACCCCUUGUACGAUGAGAUCCUCCAGCACCUGUCCCUGUGUAAGAACUUCUCUGCGUUCUACGAUUAUACGAGCGAGACGCUGGACCUCGUGCAGGAGUAUCUGCUGCCGUCUAAGGGGAGUAGGAUGAGCCCUCUGGUUGUUUACGGCGGGCCAUGCACGGGGAAGACACUGCUGCUAGCGGAGGUGGCCAAACAGGUGAGAGUCAUGCCAUUGUACUGUGGGGGGUGGAAUUCUGGUCUUUGGGACUUAAUGGGACUUCCUGGUUUAGAUCAAUGUUGAUUUAAGAAAUAAAAGGAUGGCUUUAGCUAGCACAACAGGCAUUCAUGUGAGAGAGAAUGUGCAUUUUUGUGUCUCUCUGUGUUUGUCCGUGUGAGUGUGUCCAUCUGUGUGUGUACCUCCUUCUGUGCGCGAGAGUAUGCAAGGGUGUGCGUAUGCUCGCUACACAUGCAUUAUCCAUCUGUAUGUGUUUGUUUGAUGCACGUGAGUCCAUCCAUCACUAUGCACAGGUGCCUAUGUUUGUGAAUUCAUGGAUGUGUGCCUGUAUGCCCGUGUGCCCUUACAUGUGUGUGUCAGGUCAGUGUUCACUCACUGGCCUGUCUGUUGCUGGGCCAUCUGGCUGCCCGGCCAGUCGGGCCCAUUAGGGUCAUGUUCCAGGAAGCCCACAGUGCAGUCGCCCGGGGCGGCUCUACCCUGCGUCUCUCUUCAACCUUUAUAAUGGAUGCCAUGAAAUUGCCUUCUUGUAAGAUAAAGUGAUUUACUUUAUGGAAUACAGGCAGGGAGCCACGCUCGACUAAGCCACACAUAUUUGGGCACAAAGCCAAACUCGCACACUUUCAUUCUGCUGCUCCAUUGUGUUGAAGAUUUCUCCCCUAAUUCACUGAAAGGCAGGCAAGCGGAGUGCUGCAAAAUGCUUUUUAUAGAUUGAGACAGAACAACAUUUUUACAUACACUCUUAUCCAGAGCGACUUACAGUUAGUGAGUGCAUACCUUUUUUUCUUUUUUUUUUCUAUUUUCUCCAUACUGGUCCCCCGUGGGAAUCGAACCCACAACCCUGGCGUUGCAAGCACCAUGCUCUACCAACUGAGCUACACGGGGCCCAACGGAGGAGAUGAGAGGGAUGGAUAGAAGGAGUUAGAGGAGGACUGUGGUAGGCUACACUAGCAUAGUUGUGUACACACACACAGUAAGAUUAUUUCACCUGUAAUAUAUUACGGUUGACACAUAAUUUAUCAUAGGUGAAAUAGAUUGUUCAGAUCUUUGCUUCGAAUACAUAACUCCAGCAGAGAUCAGUGCUAGAUAUAAAAGUGUGAUACCCCUGUUAUUCUUUAUUUGCUUCUGGAGUUAUACAUUGCGAGGAUGAGUGGGGAGGUGGUCUGUGUUUUUGGAUAAGAGGAGUGAUGGGGGAAUGGAGGGAAGUAUGGAAUGAUGGGUCUGUUGUGACAGCCUAUCGCCCGGAGCAGACUCACAGAUUUUAGUCACUAACGCUAGCUCUGUCAUGAUGACCUCUGAGACCUGCCGUACUCUCCUUGGAGUUGCCAUGCACACCACACACACACAUGCUCACAUAUUUGCUCACACACGUCACUCACACAGAAAUACACACACCAACUCACAUAUGCACAUACAUAUUUGCUCAGACAUGUGUACACACACACACACACACACACACACACACACACACACACACACACAGUCCCACAUAUAGGCACACACACACACUCACACACAUUGGCUCUCUCACACACUCUCACACACCCAUACUUCUGUAGCCUAUCUCAGAGCCUCAAGAAUUGCUCCAAAAGUAUCAAAUUAUGUUUAAUGAUUCUAGGAAUCACAGCAGGGGUCUUCAUUAAUUUCUGGAAUUAAAUUAUGAAUAUGGAUGAAACAAGGGAAACAGGGAGGAGCGCUGAUUCAUACAAUCUCUCUCAUUAUGGGAAAGUCAUUGGGCGUUUCUAUCUUAGCCUGGGUGCCAGUCUGUUUCUGCUCUCUUGCCAACUCCUUAUGGAAUUGUCUUGCAAAACAUGUUUGGCUUGACAAUGACAAUGGAGUAGGCAAAAGCACAAACAGAUCUAGGACCAGGCUAUUUCUAUCUAACUCUUGAGAAUGUUUUUCUGUUUAGCUCAUGGCCUUGGCAAGGAGAGGACAGCUUAAAAUGUUCACAGGAUUGGAUCUGUUGAAUACUGUAUUAGUUCUACAAACUAAGGCAGACUAAGGCAGUGCUAUUUGCUAAGUAGGCCUACAGUGCCGUGAACAAGUAUUUGCCCCCUUUCUAAUUCUCUCUACUUUUGCAUAUUUUUGAUACUGAAUAUUAUCAGAUCUUCAACGAUGAAUUAUUAUUCUAAAAUGUUUUACCUUUAUUUAACUAGGCAAGUCAGUUAAGAACAAAUUCUUAUAUACAAUGAUGGCCUACCAAGAGGCAAAAGGCCUCCUGCGGGUACGGGGGCUGGGAUUAAAAAUAGAAAUGUAGGGCAAAACACACAUCAUGACAAGAGAGACACCACAACACUACAGAAAGAGAGACCUAAGACAACACAGCAUGGCAGCAACACAACAUGGCAGCAACACAACAUGACAACAACACAGUAGCAACACAACAUGGCAGCAGCACAACAUGGUAGCAGCACAAACAUGGAACAACCAUUGUUGGGCACAGACUACAGCACAAAGGGCAAAAAGAUGGAGACAACUAUACAUCACGCGAAGCAGCCACAAGUGUCAGCAAGAGUGUGAAUGAGUCUUUGAAUGUAGAGAUGGAGAUAAAACUGUCCAGUUUGAGAGUUUUCUUUGUAGCUCGUUCCAGUCGCUAGCUGCAGCGAACUGAAAAGAGGAGCGACCCAGGGAUGUGUGUGCUUUGGGGACCUUUAACAGAAUGUGACUGGCAGAAUGGGUGUUGUAUGUGGAGGAUGAGGGCUGCAGUCAGUAUCUCAGAUAGGGGGGAGUGAGGCCUAAGAGGGUUUUAUAAAUAAGCAUCAACCAGUGGGUCUUGCGGCAGGUAUACAGAGAUGACCAGUUUACAGAGGAGUAUAGAGUGCAGUGUUGUGUCCUAUAAGGACCAUUGGUGGCAAAUCUGAUGGCUGAAUGGUAAAGAACAUCUAGCCGCCCAAGAGCACCCUUACUGUACCUGCCGAUCUAUAAAUUACUUCUCCGUAAUCUAGCAUGGAUAGGAUGGUCAUCUGAAUCAGGGUUUGUUUGGCAGCUGGGGUAAAAGAGGAGCAAUUAUGAUAGAGGAAACCAAGUCUAGAUUUAACCAUAGCCUGCAGCUUGGAUAUGUGCUGAGAGAAGGACAGUGUACUGUCUAGCCAUACUCCCAAGUACUUGUAUGAGGUGACUACCUCAAGCUCUAAAUCCUCAGAGGUAGUAAUCACACCGGUGGGGAGAGGGGCAAUCUUCUUACUGAACCACAUGACCUUUUGUUUUGGAAGUGUUCAGAACAAGGUUAAGGGCAGAGAAAGCUUGUUGGACACUAAAAAAGCUUUGUUGUAGAGCCUUUAACACAAAAUCCAGGGAGGGGCCAGCUGAGUAUAAGACUGUAUCAUCUGCAUACAAAUGGAUAAGAGAGCUUCCUACUGCCUGAGCUAUGUUUGCUGAUGUAAAUUGAGAAGAGUGUGGGGCCUAGGAUCGAGCCUUGGGGUACUCCCUUGGUGACAGGCAGUGGCUGAGACAGCAGAUGUGCUGACUUUAUACACUGCACUCUUUCAGAGAGGUAGUUAGAAAACCAGUCCAAAGACCCCUCAGAGACACCAAUACUCCUUAACCGACCCACAAGAAUGGAAUGGUCUACCGAAUCAAAUGCAGUGUUUUCUGUUUGCCAGACAUAAUGGGUCCCAUGUUGUCCAAAAAGUUAUACUUUUGACUCAUCUGUCCAUAGAACAUUCUUCCAAGGGUCUUGAUGAUCAUCUAGGUGCUUCCAGGUGCUUUUUGGCAAACUUGAGUCAACUUUUGGACGACAUAGGUGCCAUUAUGCCUGGUGAAAACCAGACGCUGCAUUCCACAGUAAGAACCUCAUACCAACUGUCAAGCAUGUUGGUGGUAGUGUGAUGGUUUGGGGAUGCUUUUCUGCCUCAGGACCUGGAUGACUUGCCUUAAUAGAAGGAACCAUGAGUUCUGCUCUGUAUCAGAGAAUUCUACAGGAGAAUGUCAGGCCAUCCGUCUGUAAGCUGAAGCGCAGCUGGGUCACGCAGCAAGACAAUGAUCCAAAACACACAAUCAAGUAUAUAAUAUGCCAUUUAGCAGACGCUUUUAUCCAAAGCGACUUAGUCAUGUGUGCAUACAUUUUUACGUAUGGGUGGUCCCGGGGAUUCGAACCCACUACCCUGGCGUUACAAGCGCCAUGCUCUACCAAUUGAGUCUACAUGAAAAUGGCUAAAAAGCAACAAAUUUGAAGUUUUGGAAUUAAGUCCAGACCUAAUCCCAAUUGAGACAUGGCAGGACUUGAAACAAGCAGUUCAUGCUUGAAAACCCCCAAAUGUCGCUGAGUUAAAGCAGUUCUGCGAUGUGAGAGACUGAUCAACAACUACAGGAAGCACUUGGUUGCAGUCAUUGCAGCUAAAGGUGGUACAACCAGUUGUUGAGUGUAAGGGGGCAAUUACUUUUUCACACAGGGGAGUUGGAUGUUGCAUAACUUUGAUAAUUAAAUAAGUAUAUUUUUUAUGUAUAAACUCAGGUUCCCUUUAUCUAAUAUUAGGUUUUGGUUAAAGAUCUGAUAAAAGAGUGAAAAUCAGAAAGGGGGCGAAUACUUUUUCACGGCACUGUAUAUGGCCUCAGGGGACAAAAUACCCGGUAUUGAAGCAAAUAUCUCUCUGCACGCAUCUUGCCGGUUCCUGCUCGACUUUGCUUUUUUAUGGCUAUGUUUGCGUUCAUUAUUACUUUAUUUGCUCAGAUGUUCGUGCAAUUAUUUCCGACGAUCGACAAACACUUCUGGAUCAUGAAUCGGAAGCUCCUGUAUUAUAUUAUGCUAAAAUGUUUAUUUUAUUCUACUGAGCCAUUUACUUUAUGUUCGUAUUCUUCUUUUUUUUUCUUAUUUCUUAUUGUUGUUGCAUUGUCGAGAAGGAACCUGCAAGUAAGUGCUUCUACAGCUGCAUUGCUUGCUGUUUAGGGUUUUAGACUGGGUUUCUGUAUAGCACUUUGUGACAUCUGCUGAUGUAAAAAGGGCUUUAUAAAUACAUUUGAUUGAUUGAUUGAUUCGUUGGACAGUGUAUACCGUACAUAUGACUAAUACAACUUGAAACUCCAAACAUGGCAUCAUAUUUCAGCUCCCUCCACUUUAGUAGAGCUUUAUGUUGCCUGCUGAUUGUCUAUUGUCUCCUGAGUCAGACAGGGUUAAUAUGGAUUGCAUACAGUAUAAUUAUUGAAACUCAUUUUAAAGUGUAACGUGUGUGGGAAAUGAUUGCAAAAAGUUAAAGCUUGUAAAAAAAUGACACAAUUACUCAAAUGAGGGCUUGUAAGUAAACCAUUUCACUGUAAGGUCUACACCUGUUGUAUUUUGCACAUGUGACAAAUACAAUUUGAUUUGAAAUUUGAUUAGAUUUUUACAAAACUAGUUACUUCUUUCACAGAAGUCCUUUCUCAGUUUAGAUAAAGUGCUUUCCACUUUGAGGAAAGGGUUGAGAUACUUUGAGACUUUGAAAACUGUUUUUAUAAAUGCAAUCCAUUAUUGAAAACAUGGCCUGGUAUCUGUGUUGAGCUCUUUCAUGAAAGACACCCCAACCUUGAGAAAGUGACAAAAUCUAUUUUCUCUCUCUUUGUUGUUUCCAGGCCUACACGUGGCUCCAGACGGAGAUGGGCCCUGAAACAGACCCGGUUGUCAUUGUCCGCUUUGUGGGCUCCUCCGAGUUCGCCACAAACCUGUGCACCCUCCUCCAGAGCAUCUGUGAGCAGAUAGCCAUCAACUACAAUUGCCUGAUCCACUUCCUGCCCAACAAGAUCCAGGAGAUGAGGGAGCUGCUAGUCAACCUCCUGGGGGAGCCCUCUUUCCACCGGCCCCUGGUUAUCGUCUUGGAUGCCUUGGAGCAGCUCUCAGAGGCCGACGAGGCCCGCAAGCUGUGGUGGCUCCCCACCCACCUGCCUCGCACUGUCCGCAUCGUGGUCUCCACAUUACCCAACAAGCACGGAAUCCUCCAGAAGCUCCGCUGUUUGAUUCAUGAUGAAGGACGCUACGUAGAGCUGGUGCAGCGGGACCGUAAGGCCUGUAGUCAGAUACUGAAGCAGCAGUUGCUGGGGUUGAAGAGGAAGGUGACCUCGGGACAGCAGAUCUACGUCAACGAGGCGCUGGCCAAGUGCACGCUACCCAUGUUUGUCAACCUCAUCUACCGGGAGGUGGUGCAUUGGCGCUCACACAAGGAUGUGGAUGACCGCUCACUGUGCUCCACCGUGCAUGAGAGCAUCGAGCAGCUCUUCUACUCGGUGGAGAACAAGUUGGGGCAGCGGUUUGUGUUCAGGGCGCUAGGAUACAUCACCAUGGCCAAGGUGGGGUUAACGGAGGUAGAGCUGGAGGAUAUUCUGUCAUUGGAUAACAGUGUGUUGGGAGAUAUCAUGGUGAGUUCAAAUCUAAAAAACCCGCUGAGGAUCUCUUAUGACCUGGUGGCGAGGCUGAAAGAGGAACUGGAGGGGUACCUGCUGGAAAGGCAGGUGCAUAAUGUUACCCUGAUGGUGUGGGCCAACAGACACCUGCAACUCAUCGCCCAGAAGCUGUAUCUUAGCAAUGAGGAGGACGUGCACCAGAUGCACAGCCUCCUGGCCGAAUACUUCCUGGGGGCGUGGUCGGGCGGCAGGAAAAAGAUAUUCCACUGUGACAACAACCACUUUGCCUCGCUUAACAUCUCCCAACAUAAGAAUCCACACUCCCAGCAGCCGUCCCACAAAGAAGCAUCCGCCGAGAAGUACUCCUAUGACAGGCAGACCCCCUGA